CUCUUACGCUGCUACCUCUUCUCUUUUACAUCUCUCUCUCUCUCUCCUUCUCUGUUUUUUUUUUCACCCUCUGUCUCUGAUGACCGCUCAGUAAACCCUAAUUCGCUCUACACUCUCGCUUUAGAGAGAAAUUUGCGAGGAAAAGAACAAAACAAAAGCGAAAAAAGGAGGGAAUUUAAGGGUUGGGAUAUAUGUCCCAUAAUCAAUAUAGGUCGGAUAAGAGCGAGACGACACAGUACAGGAAACCCGAUAGGCGAUCCGCAAGCUCCAACCAGCAGCGGAGUUCCUCAGGAGCUUACGGCAAGGGCGGCGGGCCCGCCCCUUCUCCGUCCUACCAUCUAUCCUCCAACCGCAGUGUUAAGAAGAAUAAUAAUAAUGCACAAGGAGGAGGUCAAUCCAGGGCAAGCUUGCCCACUUUCAAUUCGUCAUCAUUGGAGUCUAGUAAUGCUUCUACGCCGCUUGGUACCGUAGUACAGAAUGGUUCCCAUGUACAGCCCCAACAUGGACCAGCAUCUGAUGUGCCGACUACAAGCACAGCUGCCAAGCCGACUGAGUUGUUGGCUCCUCAGAGAAGCACCCGAGCAGUUCCAAAGCCUCCGACUUCUCAAUCUGCCUCUGUGAACUGUGACUCAACAGCUCCUACGACACCUGCAAAGGCCCCUGGAGAUGCGUCUAAGGCAUUCCCCUUUCAGUUUGGGUCCAUAAGUCCUGGUUGCAUGAAUGGGAUGCAGGUUCCUGCUAGAACUAGCUCAGCACCCCCAAAUUUGGAUGAACAGAAACGAGAUCAGGCACGCCAUGAUUCUUUUAGAUCUGUAGCUCCGUUGCCAGCUCCUCCUGCACCUAAGCAGUUACCGAGAAAGGAUGUCGGUCCUGUAAUCCAAGCUAAUACUGGGGAGGCUCAUUCAGUGCCCAAGGUCAAAAAGGAUGUGCAAGUCUCACCUCCACAACCAGCAAGCCAACCACAGAAGCCUUCUGUUCAUACCAUGACUGGGAUGCCCAUGCAAAUGCCAUUUCACCAGCCACAGGUUCCUGUGCAAUUCAGAGGCCCCAACCAACAGAUUCAAUCCCAGGGCAUGACAGCUGCUUCACUUCAAAUGCCAUUGAAUUUACCUUUGUCCAUGGGAAAUGCACCCCAAAUGCAACAGCCUAUGUAUCUUCCCAGUCUCCAACACCUUCCUAUGCAGACACAAGGUCUUAUUCAUCAAGCCCAGGGCUUGAGUUUCCCAACUCAAAUGGGUCCUCAGUUGGGCAAUAUGGGAAUCAGCAUGACUCCACAUUAUCCCCAGCAGCAGGGGGGAAGUUAUGGUGGUCCUCGUAAAACUCCUGUCAAGAUUACUCAUCCAGAGACACGUGAAGAGUUAAAGCUUGAUAAACGGGCAGAUUCCUAUUCAGACGUCGGGUCAGCUGGUCCUAGGUCUCACCCUAACGUGCAUCCUCAAUCACAACCUAUUCCAUCAUAUGCACCUUCUCAUCCCAUUAGCUUUUAUCCUCCCAAUUCUUACAAUGCCAGCUCUAUAUUUUAUCCACCCCAGAGUUCUGUUCCUUUGACAAGUAGCCAGAUAGCAGCCAGUUCUCAAGCUUCAAGAUUUAACUAUCCAGCUACACAGGGUCCCCAAAACAUGACUUUUGUGAAUCCAUCGGCUCAUAAUCCCAUACCUGUAAAUAAGAUUGGGACCCAAAUGCAUGGUGUUGCAGAUCCACCAAACUUGGAACGUUCUCGUGAUGUACAUAACAUAAUCUCCUCUCCUCCAUUGACAACAGUACCAAUUACAGUUAAGCCAAUCACUGGCCCUUCUAAUGGAGAAAAGGUUGGAGACUCAUUGCUGCCAAAUUGCUCACAUGGUGUUGAAAAGGGUGAAUCUCCAAAACAUGUGAGGCCAUCUGGGGAAGCUAACUUGUCACAUCCUCAAAGGGACUCUCAGAGGUUUCCAGAAGUCUCUUUGUGGCAGAUGAAAACUAGCUCUGAAUCAUUGGUCUCCAAGUCAUUGCCGGUGGCGACUAAACAGUCAGCGGCUGUUUCAGAUGCUAGUUCUUCUGACGGCCUGGUACCCGAUCACUUAUCUUUGGUUUCAGGUUCACCAUCCGAGGAAUCUGCACUAGUUGUGCCCAAUAAUGAAGGCAGAAGAAGGGAAACCCUUGGUAGGUCAAACUCGAUUAAAGAUCAUCAAAAGAAGCCAGACAAGAAAGGAUAUAUUCAACCACAGCAUCAGGUUGCUAGCCAAUCUAUUUCAACCUCAAAUUUUCCUUCUCGAGCUCUAGAGCAUGGUAUAUCUUCUAACGGUGGAGUUUCAGGAGCUGUACUAGCUAAAACAACUACUACGCAUGCGAAUAGUGAAGGUGUUUCAUCAUUACAACAAUCACUGCCAUCUGUUGGUGAUGCUACUCAUGAUGCUUCUGAAUUAAAGGUUGACAGUGUUGGAGAGGACUCAACCAGUGUCUCAUCUCAGAUUUGUGGUGCUCGAAUCAUUCUUGAUACCUCUGAAACUGUUCAUCAUGCUAGGCCAGAUGAACAAUUAGACCAAGAAACUAUGGGAAUAGAUGAACAAGGAGAAAGCAGAUUGCUUGAAGGGUCCAAACAGGAUAAUAUCGGUAGUGAGAUAUCUUCAGAGCCUAUUUUGUUAAAAUCUCAGGAAAAUAUUAAACAAAUUGUGGGAGAACAGUCUGGACAAGAUUCUGGUCUGAAGGCAAUAACUACAAAUGAUGAGGUUCUAACUUCAAAGACUGUACAGAGGGGGCUGGAUGAACCUGUGAGGUGUCAUACAGAAAUUGACAGGACAACUGAUAAAUUAGAUGGUGGAAGUCCUCAUGGUGAGAGGAGCUUAUAUUUGGAUGCCUUUUCAAGCAGAAGUGAUAGUGUAGGCAGUAGUGAAGUUGUUGCAAUAUGUGGUAUAUCAGAUCAGCUGUCUGCUUAUAUUCCAACCCCUGAUAUUGUAGAAGCAACCUCAAAACAUGAAGGGGAAGGUGUAGAGAACAUUGAUGGCUUGGUCUCUUUCGGAGCAUCAGGUGCCAAGGAUAAACCUAUUUCCGAUCUGAAUAGGGCAAAGGGUGCUGGUAAAGGAAAAAAGAAGAGAAAAGAAUUUCUUCAAAAAGCUGACGCUGCUGGGUUAACUUCUGAUCUUUAUAAUGCUUAUAAGGGCCCGGAGGAAAAGAAAGAAACUGUUGCGUCUACAGAAACUGCCGAGAGCACUUCUUCUAACGUGCAUGUGAAGGAGGCACCUACUGAUGCUGUUGAAUUAGAUGCCCCAGCAAGCGAAAAAAGUGGACUGGAAAAAGCUGAACCUGAUGAUUGGGAAGACGCUGCCGACAUAUCGACACCAAAAUUAGAAGUUUUGGAUGAUGGACAACAGAUACAUGGAAUACUGGAUAAUCAUGACAAAGACGGAGUUGGAACUAUGACCAAAAAGUAUUCCAGAGAUUUCCUCUUGAUUUUUUCAGAGCAAUGCACUGAUCUUCCACAUGGUUUCGAGAUUACAGCUGAUAUAGCAGAGGCUGUGAUGAGUGGUGGUUUCAAUAGCUCUCAUCUUGUUGAACGCGAUUCAUACCCUAGUCCUAGGCCAAGUGGGGGAUCUCGAAUAGACCGCCAUGGUAGUGGUAUGAUGGGGGAAGACAGGUGGAGUAAAGUACCUGGUAAUUUUGGUUCAGGGCGGGAUGUGCGUCUGGAUUCCGGCCAUGGGGUUAAUGCAGGUUUUCGACCUGGAUCAGGUGGUAAUUAUGGUGUUCUCCGGAACCCACGUGUGCAAACACCCGUGCAGUAUCCUGGAGGUAUCCUCCAUGGGCCAUCUAUGGGUCCUCAGGGCGGAAUGUCUAGAAAUAGUCCUGAUGCUGACAGGUGGUUACGUCCUACCAGUAUCCAGCAGAAGGGUUUGAUUCCAUCCCCUCAGACUCCAUUACUAAUGAUGCACAGAGCUGAGAAGAAAUAUGAAGUGGGUAAGGUGACGGAUGAGGAAGAGGCAAAGCAAAGGCAACUGAAAGGCAUUUUAAACAAGCUCACUCCUCAGAACUUUGAGAAACUUUUUGAGCAAGUGAAAGCCGUCAAAAUUGACAAUGCUGUCACUCUAACUGGUGUCAUCUCGCAGAUCUUUGACAAAGCUUUGAUGGAGCCUACUUUCUGUGAGAUGUACGCUGAUUUCUGUAGUCAUCUGGCUGUGGAGUUGCCUGAUUUCAAUGAAGACAACGAAAAGAUAACUUUUAAGAGAGUACUUCUGAACAAGUGCCAGGAGGAAUUUGAGAGAGGGGAAAGAGAGCAAGAAGAAGCUAAUAAAGCUGAUGAAGAGGGGGAGAUUAAACAGUCUGCAGAGGAAAGAGAAGAGAAGAGAGUUAAGGCUCGAAGACGAAUGCUGGGUAACAUUAGAUUGAUAGGGGAGUUAUACAAGAAGAAAAUGUUAACUGAGCGAAUAAUGCACGCGUGCAUACAGAAGUUGUUGGGUCAGUCUCAGACUCCUGAUGAAGAAGAUGUUGAAGCUUUGUGCAAAUUGAUGAGUACUAUUGGGGAGAUGAUUGACCAUCCCAGGGCCAAGCAGCAAAUGGAUGCAUAUUUUGACAGAAUGAAGAGGCUCUCUACCAAUUUGAAUUUAUCUUCUAGGGUCAGGUUCAUGUUGAAGGAUGCUAUGGAUUUGAGAAAGAAUAAAUGGCAACAGAGAAGAAAAGUUGAAGGGCCGAAAAAGAUUGAUGAAGUGCACAGAGAUGCUGCUCAAGAACGACAGGCACAAUCCAGUAGGUUGAGUCGUGGUUCAAGCAUCAACCAGUCAGCUAGAAGGACACCUAUGGAUUUUGCUCCUAGGUCAACACUAUUGUCUCCCCCAAAUGCUCAGCUGGGUGGUUUCCGUGGACCAUCUACUCCAGUUCGUGGGCUUGGCAUUCAGGAUGUUCGGUUGGAGGACAGACAAUCUCAUGACACUAGGAUGUUGUCAGUUCCCUUGCCUCAGAGACCCAGUCUUGAUGAUUCUAUUACUUUGGGACCUCAAGGUGGUCUUGGGAGAGGAAUGUCAAUCAGAGGACCACCGUCAAUGCCAAGUACUCCAGUAGCUGAUGUGUCUCCAGGCUCCACAGAUUUCAGAAGAAUGGCAGCUGGUUUGAAUGGCUACAGCACUUUACCAGAGCGAACAACUUAUGGCACAAGGGAGGAUCUUGCUCCAAGAUUUAUUCCGGUUAGAUUUGUGGCUCCAGCUGCUUAUGAACCUUCAAGUUCUCAAGAGCGCAAUGUGAGUUAUGGUAACAGAGACCCAAGGAAUCCAGACCGGAGUUCUGAUAGAUCUCUUGCAAUCUCACCACCUGCACGAGGGCAGGGAACAGCUUUUCCUCAAAAUGUUCCUUCAGAAAAAGUAUGUCCUGAAGAACGCCUUCGGGAUAAGUCGAUGGCAGCAAUUAAAGAAUAUUACAGUGCCAGAGACGAGAAAGAAGUUGAACUAUGUGUUAAAGAAUUGGAUUCCCCAAGCUUCCAUCCGUCAAUGGUAUCGCUAUGGGUUGCAGACUCUUUGGAGAGGAAGGAUAUGGAAAGGGAUCUUUUGGCAAAGCUUCUGAUCUAUCUUUCUAAGUCCGGGGAUGGUGUGUUGAGUCAAGCCCAGCUCAUCAAAGGGUUUGAAUCUGUUCUGACUACUCUGGAGGAUGCCGUAAAUGAUGCCCCAAGAGCACCAGAAUUUCUUGGUCAUAUCUUUGCUAAAGUCAUUACAGAAAAUGUGAUCCCUUUGAGAGAGAUUGGGUUGUUAAUACAUAAAGGGGGAGAGGAGCCGGGUCAUCUUCUAGAAGUUGGGCUUGCGGCAGAUGUUCUUGGAAGCACCUUGGAAGUUAUAAAAUCCGAGAUGGGGGAUUCUGUCUUAAAUGAAAUCAGGGCAAGCUCCACUUUGAGGUUUGAGGAUUUUCUGCCUCCAGAUCCUUACAGGUCAAGGAAGUUAGAGAAAUUUAUUAAGGGGGAAAUUUGAUGCUCAUUGUAUCUUGGUAGAAGAAAAGGAAAGUGUUUUAGGCUAGUUCUUAAUUUGCGACCAAAAAAAAAAUAUAUAUAUAUCUUCUUCGAGGGUGGGCGGGGAUUUAUAUAUCGGGCUUUCCUUUUCCUUCUCCAUGUCUUAAUAUUAUUCUUCAAAUGUUAACUGGGAUUAUGAAAGGUUCAAUUGAGCAUCGGAAAAUUUUAAGUUUUCCUACUUAUAA